AUGGAGAUCGACCGGGAAGACGUGUACCGGCAGAUUGCCAGCUACAACCAGUUCAUCAACAACAUCGUCCUGGUCAUCCGCGAGGCCGGCACCUUCCGCGUGCAGCCCAAGGACCAGUACCUGCCCGGCUCGGAGCGCAUCCGCACCGACGAGUUCUACGAGUUUUCGUUCGUGACAAAUCCUGGUCAAGCUCAAGCUCACCUGGGCCAAGUACCGCCGCGAGGGCGACGAGGCCCGCCGCAUCAGACUUUCGAGGAUACGUUCGUCGAGCUGGGUGAGCUGCCCGUCAUGGUCGGCUCGCAGUGGUGCACCCUCGCCCGCAAGAACGAGGAGGAGCGCAUCGAGCUGGGCGAGUGUCCCCAGGGUCGGGGGUACUUCAUCGUGAGGGGGUCCGAGAAGGUCAUCGUGGCACAGGAGCGGAUGGCCUACAAUUUCGUGUACACCUUCCGGAACAAGAACGAGCGCAUCCCCUGGAUCUCCGAGAUCAGGAGCUCGCCCAAGGCGUGUGCAGUGCGCUCGCUGUUCCGGAUCGAAAUUAAACUGGACAAGAAGCGGCCGGUGAUCCGCGCUACGGUAAAGUUCAUAUCGGGCAGCAUCCCCAUCGCCAUCCUGCUGCGCGCGCUUGGGCUCGAGACCGACGCGAGAUCCUGGAGUGCAUCUGCUACGACCUGGACUCGAGCGAGACCUUACAGCUACUCGGAGGCCAUCAUCCCCUCCUUGACCGAGAACCUGAUCCUCUCCCGCCGCAACGCCUUGAUCUUCAUCGGCGACAAGAAGACCAACAUCGAGGGAGAGCUACCUGAGUGUGGGCUGCCGCACGUGGGGAAGGAGUCUGACUUCAAGAAGAAGGCGUACUUCAUCGGGUACAUGGUGAACCGCCUGCUGACAUCUUUCCUGGGGCGGGCAGAGGAAGACGACCGUGACCACUACGGCAAGAAGCGGCUGGACAUGACGGGCUACCUGCUGACCUCGCUUGUUCAAGGACCUCUUCCGCAAGAACUCAUCGAGCCGGCCAAGAAGAAAAUCAUCACUUACUUGAAGAGUGGGAAGCCUGAGGACGAGGAGCGGCUCAACCUGCGCGACUGCUUCAAAUCCCAGGCCAUCACCAGCACCCUCCGCAACUCCCUGGCCACCGGCAAUUGGGGCCGCACUGCCACCGGCGAGAUAGCCAAGACCGGGGUCUCGCAGGUGCUCAAGCGGGACACCACCUACUUUGCCACCCUCUCGCACCUGCGGCGAGUGGUCGCGCCGAUCAAGGCCAGCUCCAAGACGCAGAAGCCGCGACUACUUCACAACACGCACUUUGGCAUGAUCUGCCUCGAGACGCCAGAGGGGCAGAAGAUCGGGAUCGUCAAGAACCUGACGCUGAUGGCGCAGGUGACCCUGGGCCUGGACGAGGAGGCCAACUAGCAGCUGGUCGAGAACUACAUCUCCAAGAACUUCCUGCCCUGGGAGAUCGACAUCGAGCCCAAGCGGAUCAUGAGCCUGACCAAGAUCAUGCUCAACGGUAACUGGAUCGGCUUCACCAGCGAGCCCGACAAGGUGCUGCUGGCCCUCAAGAAGUGCCGCGAGGGCAGCAUCACUUGGAAGGAGGUCUCCUAUGUGCGCAACAUCGCCAACAAGGAGAUCAAGAUCUAUACUGACUCCGGCCGGGUCAUGCGGCCCCUGUUCAAGAUGGCCGCUGGGCGCAUCCGCCUCGCCAAGGAGGACCUGCGGGAAGACUUCCUGUUCAGCGACCUGCUGCGGAAGGGGUUCGUGGUACUUGACGUGGAGGAGGAGGAGUGCGCGCUGGUGGCGACGGAUACCAGGUCGCUGGGGCGGGGGGGCCUGCCCUACACGCACUGCGAGAUCCACCCGAGCAUGAUGUUCGGGGUGUGCGCGACAUUCAUCCCGUUCAGCAACCACAACCAGGCGACCAAGAACACCCUGCAGAGCGCGAUGAGCAAGCAGGCGAUGGUGAACGCGACCAACUUCCAGCUGCGGAUGGACACCCUCACCCACAUGCUCUACUACCCCCAGAAGCCCCUGGUCACCACCUACCCCGCCAACUACAUCUCGGUGCACGAGCUGCCUCUGGGCGUCAACUCGGUGGCCGCCAUGGCCUGCUUCACCGGCUACAACCAGGAGGACUCCAUCAUCAUCAACAGCGCCAUCGACCGCGGGUUCUUCCGCUCGCUCUUCUACCGCACCUACAAGGACGAGCAGAAGCGGGAUGACAAGCUCAACGUCGAGAACCUCAUCCGCGUGCCCUCUGAGCGGGACACCAAGCGUAUGGCCUUCUCGAACUACUCGCUGCUGGACAAGGACGGGAUCAUCAGCCCCGGCUCGGUCAUCGAGGGCGAGGACGUGAUAAUCGGCAAGAUCACCCGGCGCGUGAUCUGCGACUCCCACAGCGAGGAGCUGGCCAAGGACGCCAGCCUGCGCUCGCGGCGGGCCGAAAAGGGGCAGGUCGACACUGUCUUCAUCAGCGAAAACCACGAGGGCAACACCUUCGCCAAGGUCAAGAUCCGCUCGGUGCGGGUGCCCACAGUCGGGGACAAGUUCGCCAGCCGGCACGGGCAGAAGGGCACCUGCAUGACCUACCGCCAGGAGGACAUGCCCUUCACCCUCGACGGCAUCGUCCCCGACAUGAUCAUCAACCCGCACUGCAUCCCCUCGCGGAUGACCAUCGGGCACGUGAUCGAGUGCCGUGGCAAGGCGGCGGCCCUGAGCGGGCGGAUCGAGGUGAUAACGCCCUUCGAGCAGUUCAGCAUGGAGGACAAGGCCCAGGAGAUCCACAGCCUGCGCUACGAGAAGUACAGCAACGAGGCCAUGCUGAACCCCUACAACGGACACAUGAUCGCCAGCCGCAUCUUCGUCGGGCCCAUCUACUACCAGCGCCUGCGCCACCUGGUCGACGACAAGAUGUACGCCCGCGCCCGGGGCUGUCGUGGCCAUCACCGCCAGCCCACCCACGGCCGCAGCCGCGCGGGCGGACUGCGCUUCGGGGAGAUGGAGCGGGACUGCAUCCUGUCGCACGGGAUCAGCGGCUUCCCGGAGCGCACGUUCGAGGUGUCGGACAUCUACCGGGUGCACGUAUGCUCACGAUGCGGACUGAUGGCGAUCGCAGACAUGGAGAACAACGUGUACGAGUGCCGGAACUGCGACAAGCUGCACAAGCGGCGGAAGGUAGUGCAGGUGCUGCUGCCAUACGCAGCCAAGCAGCUGAUCCAGUAGCUGAUGGCGAUGCACAUAAUCCCGCGGCUGAUGGUCGACUCCGCCGAGAGGAAUUACAUCUGA